AUGGCCGCCGCGGACGAAUCGCUUUUCAUGGUGUCGCAGACAUCCCUCCUAGAAAAGGACGAUGAUCUGGACUCACUACCAUCUCUCUCGACGGAUGAAAUCUACUCGGACGACGAGGAUGACGCGCAGGCAGAGUGGGAGCGCAGCUUAGAGCAGGUGCAGAUGCUCCUCACCAUGGUGCUGGUGCCGUGGAUGGGCAAGUACUUUGGCCGCAAAUUUGCCUACUGGAGCUGGGCGAGAUACAUGAACUGGGCACACGACGUCGAGGUCAAGUUUACCAAUAAAAAAGCAUUCAAUGUGGUUGGUGCGGUAGAAGCUGCUCGAUCAUUAUAG